CUGUCACCGGCCGGCCGUUGGAUGCAUGGAUGCCGUCAUUGGCACGUACGUAAUGGCUCGAUGCGGCAGUCGUUCGAUUUUCCCUGGACACGCAAAGGCGAAAAAGGGAUAGAGUUUAAGUACGAGGUGAAAGCCGCUGUUGGAAGAAGCUGAUGCUGCGCAUGCCGAGGGAUUGCAAUUGAACCUCUCUUCCAUAUCUACAGCCCUGCAUACAUACAUACUUACCGUUCUCUCGUGCGCAGCUUGCGAUUGCAAGGACGGAUCUUUCCAUUUCCACCUCCCUUCCUCUUGAAACCUACAUCUCUCGAUCACGAUAAUAACUAAACUCGUCAUCAUGAUGCCCGCACGGCAAUUGACAAAAACCGCCCUCCCGCGGGCUGCCCGCUCGGCGCGGCAUCUCCCCCGCCGGCAGCUGCGCUUCCAGUCCUCCACCACCUCCUCGAGCGGCAACAGCAGCAGCAGCAGCGGCGGCGGCUCCCACUUCGCGACGGGCAUGGCUGGCGGCGUGGCCGGCGCGGGCCUCGCCUACGCCAUCUACUCCUUCACGCCGGCCGGCCAGACGGCCAGCAAGCUCAACAAGGCCGCCGCCGAGGCCAACAAGAAAUACCAGGCCGCCGCGCAGAAGCUGCAGCAGGCGACGCCCGACGCCGACCAGGCCGUCGACUACAUCAAGCAGUUCGCCUACACGUACGUGGCGUGGAUCCCCGGCGGGCGGGGGUACGUGGACGCCGCCUUCGCGGACUGGGAGACGGUGCGCGAGAAGCACAAGGACGAGGCGGACCAGGCCGUGGGCGACGCCUACAGGCAGUUCCAGGAGCUGUCCAGGGCCGGGCUGAGCCUCGAGACGGCGUCGCGCGCCUACGACGUGCUGGCCGAGCUGACGCGCAAGGUCGCCGACCUCUCGAGCGACGCCCUGUCCGACGUGCUCGACAACCACCCGCGGGUCAAGGAGAAGCUGGGCGGCAGCGUGGAGCAGCUCAAGGACAUGGGCGGCAAGUACGGCCCCGAGGCCAAGAAGCAGGUCGACGAGACGUGGCGGCAGCUCAAGGACGUGCUCGCGGGCGGCUUCACGGCCGCCAACGUCGACAAGGCGCGGCGGCUGGCCGAGGACAAGGUUCAGCAGCUGAGGCGUCUGGGCGACGAGGCGUGGAGCAAGGGCCUCGAGGAGGCGAAGCCGUACCUCGACAAGAACCCGCAGGUCAAGGAGCUGGUGGAGAAGAACGCCGACGCGCUGCGACGGGGCAACGCGCGGGAGCUCUUUGACAAGGUGCGCGCCGCCGCCAACGCCGCGUCCGACGGUUCGGGGGAUAAGCUUGACGAGCUGAAAAAGUACGUCGACGAUGCGGUGCAAAAGGGCAAGGACAAGGCCAAGGACGACUGGGGGCUUGAGAGCUGGCUCGAGGUCAUCCCCCACGGGGGCGACAUCAUCCCCAAGCUGCGCGAGCUGGGGCAGGUCGCCGACAAGCACGUCGACGAGGGCGAGAAGCUGCUGCGCGAGACGGUCGACGAGCUGAAGCAGGUGCUGGAGAAGAAGUCGAAGCGCGCGCAGGAGAUUGUGCAGGAGGCCGAGAAGGAGGCCGGGAAGGAGGCCAAGAAGGAUUCGAAAUAGAUGAAACGACCCCUGUACAAAGCAACCUGCUGCUUCUUUCUUCUUGUUCUAAUCUAGAGGGCGGGGCGGCCGGCGAAACAAGCGUCUUCAUGUUCAAUGGAUGGCAACGUAUGUGCCAUAGAGUAGCUGCAGCACCGAGCCUGAAACAGCUGGAUUCGCUGCACAGGCACCCGACCCAUGAGACAGCGCAAGUCGACAGAUAGUCAACAUGUCCACUGGCAAUCCGAGCGUAAGUUAGACGAUCGAUCGAUCUCCGCGCUGGGGACAAGCAUGAUAGGCAGCUCCAGGCUGCAGUCAUGUCCGGCAUUCCGCUUAUGACAUGCUGUGAGUUGUGUACCGGACAUUGUUCUUGUAGGCUGGAGACGGCUGUGUUCGUGCUUGAACCAACAAGGGCGCGUUCAAUUCAAUGUACGCUUUGGCAGCAGUGUUUCAAAUUGGAGUGUUUGCUUGCGACAUGUAGCCGUAGUUUCGGAAGUUAUGCAUCCAGAGGACUGGACACCUUCUUAGACCACCAGACAUCGCCUGCCAGGAGUUGGUUGCUACAAGUGCGUCCUCAUCAGUCCGCAGCCUUUUUUGGUUUCAGGUAGCAUGGACAGGCCGAGUGCAUGUGACAUGAUGGGUUCAAUACGUUGCCCCGCGCAUAGACUACUCACAGGCGUACGCAAUUAUAUUGAAUGCGAGGUGUCGUGAAUAACAUCAAGGUAG